AUGUCUUUAACGGUAUCCUUAUCAAGUGAUCUAGACAGACUCUCUGAUAAGUGCAUAUUACCCCAAUCAAUUCUCACGGCAGCUCUUGAGUCUCACCCGUCAUUACCGCACCCACUUGUUUUUAGACUACAUGCGAGUGAACAUUCUAUCUUGGUUGGAGUGAAAGAGUUCACUGCACCAGAAGGCGAGAUUUUGGUGCCUCAGGCCGUAUUCGAUCGGCUAGGUGAUGUGACUGUCCAUGUUGAGCUUGCAGAUGUACCCAAAGCGACGUUUCUCCAGUUGAAACCAAGACAUUUUUAUCCUCACAUCACUAAUUGGAAAUACUACCUCGAGUCAUUUGUCAGCAAGAGCUAUACGGUACUCACCAAGAAACAAAAGUUUGGCGUAUAUGAUGCAGUGGCCAAAAUGGAUGUUGAGUUGCAAGUUGAAGAUGCCAAUGAGGUCCUGGUGGUCGUGGUAGACACUGACAUCGAGUUAGAUGUGGUUCCUCUUAACGAUAUCAUGGCCGCGCAGCAAUUGGCGCAUAACCAAAACUUGUCAUACUUGGAAAAUAUUCCUGAGGUAGUGUGGGAUGCUCCGAUCAAGUUGGAGCCCUUCAAUCAAGUCCAGAUUCCCGCCAUCCACCGGCUUGAUCUUCGAAAAUUGACUGCGAAGAGCUAUAUCCAUCUCACUACACAAGAAGACAUUUACAAUGUGGAUUUACUCGCUGGACUCGACCGUUUCGUUACUCUUGAAAACUUUUCAUGGUGCACUAUGGCCCAGGACCCGAUGGGACGCAAGUACAUUGAGAUCGACAAGAACUCAGAUUCCGUGGCUAACUACAUGCUCAAGCACACAGACGAUACAAACUGCUGGGUGUAUGUUGUUCCUUUUGCAUGGGAACAUGCGUCUACAGUUCAAUUAAGCAUUUCUACAGAUGCUCCAGUCCAUCAGGCUGAACAAACACAGGCAUCCAACUCUUCAGACAUUCAGUGCACCAACUGUCUCAAGUACAUUGAUAGCAGCAAGUUUUCGCUUCACGAGGCAUUUUGCCGCCGCCACAAUGUCCGCUGUUCAUGCUCCGAGGUUUUUCCGCAGAGCAUUCCAUCCACACACUGGCAUUGUGACUUGUGCGAGUCUGGAAUACACGGAAAUUCUUCCCUUUUCAAAUUCAAGCAUGAUAAACUCUUCCACGGCGGACCGUAUGUAUGUGAGCAAUGCGAGGAUGACGGAAGCUACGAUAAUUUUAUAUCGUUAGUUCAAAAUCAUAAGGCGAGCGAAUGUGGAGCCAAACUACAUGAAUGUAUCUUCUGCCAUGUAGUGGUGCCUCAAGGCGUGGCUUCGUACGAGGAGAAGUUCAAUAAUCUCACCCACCACGAGAGUCAAUGUGGAAACAAGACGGUAGAGUGUUUUGAAUGUGGCAAGGUGGUCAAGAGUAAGGAUAUGGCCAGCCAUAUGAAGAUCCACUACCUCAACAAGAUGCAAAGUGCUGCGGAGGAGGUGGGGAGAUGUACGAACGUGAACUGCGUGAAUAUAUUUGGACAGGGGCCGCUGAACGGGGCCAAUACUGUUGCUAGCAAUGAGUUGGGGCUUUGUGACGGAUGCUUUGGAUCAUUGUAUGCUCAAGUUCAUGAUCCCACUCAUAUUAAGCUCCAGAAUAGACUUGAAAGGAAGUACGUGAUGCAACUUACAAAAGGUUGUGGAAAUACAUGGUGUGAGAAUGUUGAAUGUGGAAACCACAGAAAAUGGGACAUUCGACUGGCCCUAGACCAUAUCAAGGAGUUGUUAGGAGACAUCGUGGUUCCGCAGCUACCUAUUAAUGAGAAACAAAAAUCACAACACAAUGACAAUGGAGACAACAAUUCAAAGCAGUCAGAUAUUAACACAAAGCACUACGAAAGUUCCAACCAAAACAUGACUCCAAAACACAACAGAAUGUGGUUCUGUCUCAAUGCCAGUGUGGCCGCAAGACGUGUUCUCUACGAUAAGAUAAUGAGCGAGGGGAUCUAUACACUGAACAUGAUACUUAAGGCAUUGGCAGGAAACUCUGACGAAACAAACGUUCGUGGUUGGCUCCAGACCCAUAGCGUAUAG